AUGGCCACGGAGGCAUCAUAUUUAGUUAGCUAUCGCAUUGCACAAGCAGGUGAAGCGCACACUAUCGCUGAGAAUUUAAUAAAGCCACGUGUGUUAGACAUAACAAUGCUCGAUGAAAAAUCUGCAAAGCAUCUUUCUACUGUACCGCUAUCAAACGAUACUGUUUCACGGCGAAUCCAUGAUCUGGCAAGCUACGUCAAACAAGAACUAGCUGCACGUCUACAAAAAACACGAUUCGCCUUGCAAAUGGAUGAGUCAACUGAUGUCACUGGUCUGGCUAUCUUGCUGGUUAUCGUGAGAUAUCCAUAUGAACGUUCUUUUGAAGAAGACAUGCUUAUGUGUUCACCGCUGCCCACAUACACUACCGGGGAAGAAAUUUUUAAUAAAAUAAACAUAUUUUUUAAAGAAAAUAAUCUUAGUUGGAACGAUUUCAUUGACGUUUGUACAGAUGGGGCCAAGGCGAUGACAGGUAAAACAGCAGGAGCAGUAUCACGAAUAAAAAAGUAA